UCUUGGUUGGCGCCAUCCGGUUGUCCACGCUUUUGGCUGGCUUAGUCUUAGGUUUUGGGACGACGUGGGAGUGAGACUUGAGUCUUGACAUUAAACACUGCGUUAAUAAAGCGGUAGAAGCGUAUUAGACAACAUUUGUAAAUUAAACUAUAAUUCAGAUUACAAUUACUAGAAUUUAUAGAAACAAGGACUCGUUCAAGUUUCAGAAAUUGUGAUGUUUGAUGUCAGUACAAAGUAGUUUCUUGAAUCAGAAUCGGAAGGAGGAACUAAGCUUGCUGACCACAAAAAAAUUUAAGGUUGAUGUAACAGUUUGCCAACAGGAGUGCAGGUUUUGAAAUCGUGAAACAGAACCUCCUGAUUUUCCUUUACAAGUACAUGACUAGUUUAUGCAGUGAUUCAACCCAGCUUUUUACUUAACAACUAUAAUGAGGUCAACUAGCUACUGAAUGUCAAGUCAUUGCUGCCGAUUUUCAACUGGUACUCACAAAGAGUUUAUCAACUCCACAGUUCUGUACCACACAAAAAAGAAGAUUGCAUUCUCCAAAGUGGUGAUAGCUCAAGCCAAGUUGAUGCAGAAAAUUAAAUUGACACAGCAGAGCUUGACAUGUGAUCAGUUUAAGGUCUUGACUCCUGCUACUGUUGUAACAUGCAGACAUUCGCUAUUAAUGGAAUCCCAACUUCUAGAUAGUCUAGAUUGCCUCAUUGGUGUACCAUCCUAAAGGGGAUAACAUUCUCAGUAUGAAGAAAUAUUUGAUCCGAUUUUUUAUGACUCGCCAUUCGCCAAUCUGAUAAUAAUCGUCUGCAAAAAUCUCCGCCAACAUAAAAAAUUUGUCGAGCAAUUGAAGAGCUUGCCGUCCUUUCCUGUGCAGCAGCCAGGAGUUACGGGAGACCACAAACACCACGACCCUCGGAUGGAAAGAAGGGUCAUUUGACGGAGCUCUUUCAAAGGUUUAACCUAGAACAAUGAUCAAAAGAAAACUUGAACAAAGUCAACGUUAUCAAUGAUGUAGUUUAUUUUUCCUCGUCUCACUGGCCGCUCCAGCUCCACUUCAACUCGGAUGAUAUCGUACCUAAAAAGAUGAAAUUACACAGAAACGGCGAAAUGAAAUCUGAAGGAGCAGCUAAAUUCGGAUGCCUUGGUUACGUGAAAUUCAAACGGGCUGAAAGGAUAUCGAGGACAACACCUCCUUUAAGUGGCCCAACCAGCCCCUUGCGGUUACCGGUCCAAUUUGGCUGGGACAGAGAAAUUAAAAUGACGCGAAGAUUUUGACCGUUGAGGGGAUCCGAUUUCGACGAGGAGCAGUUAACUAAGUUAAGAAUGCUGAAAACCAACGAAGAAAAUGAAAUAAGUGGAUUCUACCAAGUGGAUGCAGUCAGUCCCGGAAGUGUUUUGCAGGCAGAGAGAUUGUCUUGGAAUGACACCAACGUCAUCAACCUCAUAGCCGUGAUUCUCUUUGUGGCGUAUGGACCUAUUGAAGUGGAAGCCGGAACAUCGAGUUCUUUUGUCACCAGCACUUCAACGAUAACCGUGACAUCCACUGAAAAGAGCAUAUGUGGGAAAUUGAUCAACGUCACGGCCGCCUGUCGUCGACGCCGAAAUUUUGAAUUCGAAAGGCCCGAAAUUUUAACAUUCGAUGAAGGUAUCGACGAGGACAUUGAUCUGGCCUUCAGUAACUUUUACAAACAAUUUGUUCCCACCAAGACUUUGAGUAUGGAAGUGACGCCGUUGGUCGUGUUGCCUCCUCGCAUUUCAUCCGGACGUAAUCCAUCGAUCGCCAGCCAUCAUUCCGGACUGCGGACGUCUUAUCCCAUGUACCCGAUGGGUAGUCGGAACAAGAGCCCCAAUAUCCACCCAAGUAUCUACCCCCACCAAGAUGAGGCGAAACUUCUGCAGCAGCAACAACUUCUCAAUCAGCAGCGCAUAUUUUUCUCCGCUCUCUCCCUGGCCAACGUGUUUAGCAGGACCACCGUUACAUUCACUACAUUCAAAACGGAAACAAAGACGGAAGUGUCGACUUCCAAAGCCACUUUUUUCGUCGUCGGAUGCACACCGAAUCCCUUCCCCUUCAGCGUUUGCUCCGCUAAACGUUAAAUGUUUUCGAAUCUUGAUUGGCAAAAUAUUUGUUUUGGAACACUUGCAUGAUUAACAGACUUUAUUUAACUUUAUUUAUCAAAGUUUUUUUUAAUCAUUAUUAUUCUUCUUUAAUUAUUAUCCAGUUUUUCAUUAUGGACUGCCUUUAAAUUAUUAUGCUAUUAUUCCAAAUCUGCCAAUUAUAUUAAAUCUAGAAACAAAAUGUUUAAAUGG